AUGGACACAAACGACCAGGCUGAGCAGCUCGAGGAGCAAGUCUCGCAGCAGCAGCAGCAGCAGCACCACCGUCAUGGGGCCAAGGGAAAAGGCGGCGGAUCCAAGGGCUCAGGACAGGGCGCAGGGGGCGGGGCGAAGAGGGAGAAGGAGGUCUCGCGAGCGCUGUCGAGGUUGUUGAGGCAUCAGGCUUUGAAUGCGGGAAUUAAGUUGGAUCGGGAGGGGUAUGCACCGCUGGAGAAGGUGCUCCAAUGGGGCCCCCUCCGCACCCUCAAUGUUUCCGUCCAAGAAGUCAUCGACAUAACAGCCUCCAACGAGAAACAGCGCUUCUCCAUGAAGGCCGUCGACAACACCGCGGCCGAGCAGGCGGACGCGUCAUACUGGCUCAUCCGCGCAAACCAGGGCCACUCCAUCCCCCUCGACGACGAGGGCCUCCUCAAUCCCAUCACCCUGGACAACAUCCCGCCCACCGUGGUCCACGGGACAUACUUUGCCUUUUGGCCGUCCAUCGUCGAGAACGGUGGACUGCGGCGGAUGGGGCGGAACCACGUGCACUUCUCGACCGGCCCGCCCCGCAACAGUGACAGCAACAACGUCGUCGUCGACGACGACGACGACGACAACAACAAUGCACCCGGUGUCAUCUCGGGCAUGCGGACCGAUGCGGAGCUGCUGGUGUAUAUCGACGUGCGGAGGAGCCUCGAGGACGACGCGAUGAGCUGGUGGGUCAGCGACAACGGCGUCGUGCUCACGGCUGGGGUGGGCGAGGAAGGGUUGGUUCCGGCUACGUACUUCAAAGAGGUCGUGGGCCGCAGGAAGGAGGACGAGGUGGGCGUGUUGUGGAGGGAUGGUUCCAAGGUGGCGGAUCUGCCCGAGGGGUUGAAGGGGAGGCCGCCACCUGGCAAAUCUGGGAGACGGGGUGGGAGAGGUGGGAGAGGUGGGCGUGGGCGAGGGGGAGGUCGAGGGCGGGAGCGAGGACGAGGGACGUGA